CCCUCUUUUCUCUCCAUCCAAACAUGUCCUUCUUCAGCACCACACACUUCUUCACCAUCAUCUUCUUCCUGGUACUCCUUACUUUUCCAGGCACAGCAAGGACCGACCAGACAUGCCCGUAUCCAUGCUACCCACCUCCCAUUGGCGGCGGCGGCGGCGGCAAUACUCCGACAGCUACCACGGUGACCCCAGCACUGCCACAGACCGGAGGCGGAACAGUAUACUCACCACCAACUGGGUAUAAUAACUACCCCUAUUAUAACCAACCACCACCGUAUGGCUUCGGCGGUGGCGGCGGCAGUGGAUAUUAUGGUGCCCCACCGCCUCCGGAGCCGAUUCUGCCAUACUUCCCGUUCUAUUACAGAAAGCCACCGCAUGGGACAGGUGCCUAUCCGUCUUCAUCGUCUGAAUCUUCAGCGUCGUCGUCGGCCGCGGGAGCAGAGAAAUGGACAGCAGCAGUAUCAGUUUCAGCUUCAGCUCUUUGCUUAGUCCUUUUUGUUUAGUAUAUUAAAGUGAGAAUCUUUAAUGUUAAUGUUCAAAAAUCUUGUUUGAACCGCUCACAUUGUGAGAAUUAUUAAUGAUUAGUGAUGAUAUGUAUCCUCUGUAGUUGAUGAUGAUUUGGUUUUCAGUGAUUUUUCAAACUUCUUCUGUGUUUGCGGUACUGAUUUUUUUCGAUCUUGCCUUUGCAAGUUAGGAAAGGGUGUGUGUUGUUUAAAUUAU